CAAUUUUCCCGAGAAAAUCUCAUAUAUAUUUCUAAUUUGUUUGUUUAUUUUGUACCCACACCAUUCAUUCUAAUUCCGUCACAGGUUGUACAGCAAUUCUCUAAUCAUUCAUUUUUUAUUUUGGAAUUUUUUUUCUUGGAAUUUAAGAAUCAUUCUUGAAAUUUUCCCAGAAAAAAAUUUCACAUUCUUGCUUCUUAUUCAUCCUCAUCUCUUGUUUCUUCCAUCUCGUAACAAUUUUGUUGUAAUUCACACUUUGUUUAAAAUUCUCUCGAAAUUUUCAGUAAUUCAUUGUGAAUGGAGACCGGUGGUGGUGGAGGAUUUGGUGAUGGUAAUAAUCGUCGGCGGCUAUCAUUGAACGAAAGAACCAAUUCAUCGAACAAUCUACGAGGCAAAGACACCACCGAUGGCAACAACAACGGCGGCCGUCAAAACUUGACCUUAAACGCCGAUAAAAAGCUGCUAAAUCGGACACUUCUUGACAUCAUCCGUGAUGACGACUCGACCGGAGACAAAGACCAUAAGAAGAGCUGGAAACAUUUCAGAGAUACGCUCCGUCUCCGCCGUGCAGGAGUCGCUUGGGCCUCCUCCGUGUACAUUCCGACUUCCGAUGUUCCCGUUAAGCAAACUAAUAAUAGGAUGAUCACGCGGAGGCAUUCGACUCGGAUUAUGAAUACGAAUGAACCUAGCUCAAAUGAGUCGACUCACGAGUCAACUCAGCAAGAACUAUCAUCGGCAACUCAUGCUGAAUUCAAUAGAGUUACGAGCAACAGAGCGAUAUCGUUGAGGCGUCACUCGAGUUUUAUUCUAGAGAGACAAAAUAGUCGAUUGAUUACUACAAAUGAAGACAGCGUUCCUGAAGAUGAAAUAGAUUUAUCGGCGGAGGAGGUGGCGGGAGAGACGGAGGAGGAGGAGGAGAUGACGAUGGCGGAGAGGGAGGGAGAAAGGAGAGGGGAGGGGCGGGUGAGGAUUUCAUUGAUGUCAUUGUUGGCUGAGAGUGAUAGGCAAAUGGGAUUGGAGGGUUUGGCGUAUAUGAUUGAUGACGAUGAGGAAGAAGAGGGAGAGGAUGGUGGUGGAGGGGAGUAUAAUAAUUGUAGUGUGUGCAUGGUGAGGCACAAGGGUGCAGCGUUUAUACCAUGUGGGCAUACAUUUUGCAGGCUGUGUUCGAGGGAGCUUUGGGUACAAAGGGGUAAUUGCCCUGUUUGCAAUGGGUUCAUCUUGGAAAUUCUUGAUAUUUUUUGA